CUUUCUGAAAUACCCAGAGCAGGGCUCUUAUUUUAACUGUAUCCUUGUCACAAUUUAUUUGCCUUGUUUUUGAAAAGAAAUAGGUGGAAUGAUGGAUUUACUUUAAAACAACAAAAAAUGUUGUUCCUCUGUAAAUAAUACUACUUAAGUAUAGUGGAGGGUACACUCACAUAUGAGGAAUACUAGGCUGCUAAAUUCUGCAGUAUGGGCUGAAAUUUGUGCUUUAGCACUACCUUUUAACAAACUGUGGGAGGUCAGGUGGGUGUUGCCAUCAUGACUGUCAUGAUUGUACACAACUGUUGGUACCUUUACCUCCCUUAUUUGACAUGGCUCUACUUCGAUUGGUGGACCCCAGAGACAGGAGGCAGGAAAUCUAACUUGAUCAGAAACUGGACUUUCUGGAGACACCUUAAGGACUAUUUUCCAAUUCACCUCAUCAAGACUCAUGAUUUGGAUCCAAGUCACAACUAUAUAUUUGCGUCUCACCCCCAUGGAAUAGUCACGGCUGGAAGCAUGGGAAAUUUUUGUGUUAAUCGUUCAGAUUUCCAGAAGCUGUUUCCUGGUUUAAAUUUAUAUUUUCAUUCGAAUUCCUGUUUGUUUCUGUUCCCCCUCCUUCGAGAAUAUGUGUUAAGUCUUGGGUUGGUUUCAGUUUCUAAGAAAUCUUUGUCCUACCUGUUAAGUGAAGAAGGUAGAGGAAACGUUUCAGUAGUCAUCAUUGGGGGCGCCAAAGAGUCACUGGAUGCCCAUCCCGGGACAUUCAUGCUGUAUCUCCGUCAGCGGAAAGGAUUUGUGAAACUUGCUUUGACCCAUGGGGCCUACUUGGUCCCCGUGUUUUCUUUUGGUGAGAAUGAUCUGUACAAGCAAAUUCACAAUCCUAAAGGCUCCUGGCUUCGAAAUGUCCAAGACAGACUGCAGCGAAGCAUGACUUUUGCUUUGCCAGUGAUUUAUGGCAGAGGAAUAUUUCAGCAAAGUUUUGGGAUUUUGCCCCAUCGGAAACCUAUCCAUACUGUUGUCGGCCGCCCAAUCCCUGUUCAGCAGACUCUACACCCGACGCAGGAGCAGAUUGAUGAGCUGCACCAGACGUAUAUGGAGGAGCUGAGGAAGUUAUUUGAGGAGCACAAAGGGAAGUAUGGUGUUGCGGAACACGAGACGCUCACUCUUCAAUGACCUUACUCUCACAAAGCAUAAAGAGCACAAGUCAGCACCCCUCUGAGAGAGUAAAUCCUCUGGAAGUUAAUCUCCCCCACCCCUUUGUAUUCUGAAAUCAACUUUGUGACUGACUGAAAGGUAUUAUUUACGGUGAUAGAUGUUGAUUUUUACCUCUAGUAAAUAAAAAAUACAGUAGAUGA